AUGAGAAGAAUGGAGCGUGAUCUGGCAAGUGAGCAAUGUCCAAAAAAGCGCAAAGAACACAACAGGCCAAUCGAUUACGAGCAGAAAAACAAAAUACUUGAAUCAUUACUCUUCCUUCUCGGAAAAAAGUUCCAAUUUGAUGGUGAACUGCUGGUUGAUGUGUAUAAAGUGGUGAACAAUCCUGAUGAUGAUUUUUUGAGAUGCCUGGUAGAUUCAAUCAAGGAUUCGCAUGAUAACUAUGUUAAGAUGAGCCGAAUAGAGGAUGAAAUAGAGUUCAAUUUGGAUGAUAGUUAA